AUGGUUUACGAUUUCAUGCAUGAUAUUCCCGAAGGAGUAGCUCGUCAUGAUAUAUCAAUCAUUGUACACAAUUUUAUAAUUAAGAAAUAUUUUACUUUUGAUCAAUUAAACUCUCGUAUUAUUCUUUAUCAGUAUGGUAUAACAGAAAAUAAAAAUUGUCCUCCAAAACUUAAUCAAUCCCAUUUGAAUAAUGGCUCCAUAAUAAUGUCUGCCACGGAGAUGCUCUGUUUAGUGAGACAUUUUGGUCUCAUUGUUGGUGAAUUGAUUCCUAAAAGCUCAAAAAAUUGGAAACUAUAUAUUUUAUUGAGAAAAAUUGUUGAUUUAUGUUGUGCUAGGAGUAUACAACCCGAGUGUUCUAAAUUAUUAGAUUCUCUUGUUACUGAACAUAAUCGACUAUAUAUGGAAUUAUCUAAUAAGACUCUUAAACCAAAGUUCUAUCUUCUUACUCAUUAUGGUCGUUUAUUACUAAAGAAUGGUCCAAUCAGAUUAACAUCUCCUAUACGCUUUGAAGCAAAACAUAAAGUACUAAAGUCAAUUGCUAAUUCUGUCCCCUGUCGUAUAAAUCUCGGUCACACAUUAGCAUUUAAACUUCAAUUACAAACUGUAAGUCGCUUGCUUUCAAAAUCUGAUUUAGACCAAGACCUACAAUUGGGAAUGGGAACAAAUACAAUUCCCACUACAGAUUUACCUUAUUCUUUUAUGAGUAAAUUACCUAAUGAGUUUUUAUCAUCGGUCUUCAACCAGGGGCGUCAUUUCAACUUUUUUUUUGUUGGUGCGAAAAUGUUUGCAGGCCAUUCAAAUUGUUACCAGGCCACAUAG